CCUAAACCUGCAGACAUGUCCACGAUGACGCCUCGCGGCCGGUCGUCGUCCCACCGCCGCACCCGGUGCAAAUGCGCUGGCGGCGCUCACCGCGCCACGCCGUGCUGCUUCAACCCGCUGAGGUCCCUCUUCCGGUGCCCCGGCCGUGGGCGCAGCCGCAGCAGGCACAGCAGGAGCCGGACGCCGUCCAGGGUACGCGACGCGUCAGCGGCAGGCAUCGGCGCCGAGCACGCGCAGCAAGGUCAGGAGCCGUCCUUCUUCGUCUACGCCAUGCCGGCCGAUGGCAGCGCCGGUGCCGAGAACAACAACAAGAAGAAGAAGCACAGGAAGCCGCCUUGCCUCCCGUCCAUGUCCAUCCGCGCGUGCUUCCUCCGGAAGAAGAACAAGAAGAAGGAGCGGAAGGCCAUCGCCAUCGCCCGCCGCCAAGCGCUCACGCCAGCGCCGUCGAUGGUGACGCACCCGCCACGCUCCCCGCCGGCAUCGGAGUUCACGCCCGCCGCGACGCCGGCCGUGUCCCAACCGCCUUCGCCGCCCGCGGUUCCUGAGAGCGGCAACGUUAGUAAUUCGCCUGCAACGCCCGGCCGGAAAUUACCCGCGACGCCGCAGCCGACGGACUCGGCAUGGGCGACGUUCCCGCCGCAGCAGGUUGACGGGCUGCAGAUCGUCGAGUUGGCGACGGGCGAGCGGCUGUCCGCGCACGGCGUCGGGCUCAUCGAGAUGGUUGGCAGCGACGACGACUCCGCGGUGUCGUCGAUGAAGUCGUCGCUGGAGUUCAUCAACGAGCCGCCGCCGCCGCGGUCCCAACAACCAGCGGCGGUGGUGAAGGCCAGGGAGCAGCCAACGCUGUGGCUUAACGGGGGUGCAGCGAAGGCCGGGAGUACUGGAGCGCGGUUUGCCGAGCCGCUUGUGGUGGCGGAGGCCAAUGAGUUGUGGGCGCACGACAUCGAGUGCAGCCGCGCCCACGCCGACAUGCUCGCCGAGACGGGUUUGAUAACCACUGGUGAUAGGGAUAUUAUAUUGGAGGGUCUUGAUCAUAUCGAGAAGCAGAUCCAAGAUGGCAAGUUUGAGUGGAGAAAGGACCGGGAAGACGUACACAUGAACAUUGAGGCAGCUCUGAUUGAGAGGGUUGGCGAGCCAGCUAAGAAGCUACAUACCGCCAGGAGCCGCAAUGACCAAGUUGUGACAGAUCUUAGGCUAUGGUGCCGUGAUGCUAUUGACAAGAUUUUGAUUCGCAUCAAACAGUUUCAGGUGUCUCUGGUUUUGCUGGCGUCAAAAUAUGUUGACUUAAUUGUCCCUGGUUAUACUCAUCUUCAAAGGGCACAGCCUGUUUUGUUGCCACAUCUUCUCUUAUCGUAUGUUGAGCAGUUGGAGCGUGAUGCUGGCCGCCUGGUCGACUGCAGAGAAAGAUUGAAUUUCUGCCCACUCGGUGCUUGUGCUUUGGCCGGAACUGGACUUCCCAUUGAUAGGUUCAAAACUGCUAAAGAUUUGAAGUUUACAGCUCCGAUGAAGAACAGUAUUGAUGCAGUAUCUGAUCGUGACUUUGUAUUGGAGUUUCUUGCUGCCAAUUCAAUUGCUGCUAUUCAUCUUUCACGCAUUGGUGAAGAAUGGGUUUUGUGGGCAUCAGAGGAGUUUGGGUUCUUGACACCAAGUGACUCGGUUUCAACUGGAAGCAGUAUUAUGCCACAGAAGAAAAAUCCAGAUCCAAUGGAGCUUGUUCGUGGGAAAUCUGCUAGGGUUGUUGGUGAUCUCAUGACUGUCCUAGUCCUCUGCAAAGGCCUUCCACAGGCUUACAAUCGUGAUCUGCAGGAAGACAAGGAACCCUUAUUUGACAGUGUGAAGGCCAUACUAGGAAUGCUUGAAGUAUGUAGCGAGUUUGCUCAAAAUAUCUCUUUCAAUUCAAAAAGAAUAAAAAGUUCGCUGCCUGCUGGCUAUCUGGAUGCAACAACGCUAGCAGAUUAUCUUGUGAAGAAGGGCGUUCCAUUCAGAACUUCUCACGAGAUAGUUGGAAGGUGUGUAGCUCUAUGUGUGUCCAAGAACUGUCAGCUCACAGAACUAAAAAUGGAUGACCUAAAAGCAGUCCACCCUGUCUUUGAGACCGACGUCUUUGCAUAUUUGGGUGUUGAAAACGCCGUCAACAAGUUCGUAUCUUACGGUUCUACAGGUUCAAAACAAGUAAAAAAGCAACUUGAAGAUUGGCGCGUUCAACUUGGGAUCAAUCCAUAAGGCCCAGCGUCAACAGAGAAAUAAACUCCGGAAAUCUUGUAUGGCUUUAGUAUUUGGAGGUAGAUCAAAAUGUUAGCAACUUUCUUUAUCGAUGACAGCCCGUUGCUUCAUUUGAUGACUGGAGUGGUCCAUGCAACGUUUUUUGUAAGACAUUGUAUUGUAUUGAACAGAAUGUGCUCUCUUUUUUUCCAUGACUCUACUUGCUCAAAAUCAGUCAAAAAACAAAAAAGAGCAGACGCAGUGUACUAUCAAGACGUGUCUUGCGUUUCAUAAAAGUUCAGCAGGAUUCAAUUCCCCUUCAA